CAUUUUUGCUGCAAAAUGCGGCGGACAUUUGCAUAUUUAAGAACUGGUUUCAGUGGAUUAAAUAAUAAUGGAAUAAAUGCACUCACGGCGAGACACGCGUCAUCAGUAUGCUGGAAUUGUCAAAAGCCGGGCAAAAACAUGAUUUGCGGGGAUUGCGGUAGCUUGCAGGAUGUGGAUAAUAACACGAACUACUUUGAGCUGUUAAAUUUUCCCACGAAGUUUGAACUGCAAGCAUCGGAGCUGACGCAGCGCUUCCGGCAGCUGCAGGCGCGCGUGCAUCCCGAUAAAUACAGCAAUAAAACUACCCGCGAGCAAACCAAUUCGGCGGACUGGAGUUCCCUAAUCAACAAGGCAUAUAAGACACUGGCGGCGCCCGUGGAGCGAGGGCAAUAUAUGCUGCAGCUGGAGGGCGAGCAGAUGCCGCAGGAUAACAGUGCACUAAAUACGGCCUUCCUGAUGGCCAUGAUGGAGCGCAACGAGGAGGUGGAAGAGGCUGACGAUAGCAAGGCGCUUGAUCAGCUAUAUGAACAAAUUGUACAAGAGCUCGCUGAUAAGGCGAAUAAACUAACGGCACAGUUCAAAGUGAAAGACCUGGCGGCUGUCAAGCAGACGCUGGUGGAGAUGAAAUAUUUGCUCAGUAUACAAAACAGCAUUAAGAAAAAACAGCAACAGCUGAUGUGCAACUGAGCGUGAAUAUACACAUCGAUUACUCGAUAGGACAUCGAUAGCCGAAAAACGUUAACAUGUAGAUGAAGAAAAGGAGAACCAAACAGCGGGCAGCACCGGCAAAGACUACAAAUAUGUUGUUCGUUUUAUUUUGUGUUUCUUAAAAGCAACGAUCGAUUAAAGUGGAAAAUGUAAUGAGAAA